GACCCGCCUUCGCCACAGUAGCAGCUGGGGCUGCGACAGAGGCGGCAGCUGCGGCGGCGCCUGUCGCGCGAGCGCGUAGAGCAGCGGCCGCAGCUCCGGGGCCGCCGCUGCCCCGGCUGCCAUGAGUUGUGCGGAGGUGAUGUAUCACCCCCAGCCGUAUGGAGCGCCCCAGUAUCUGCCCAACCCCGUGGCAGCUGCAACCUGCCCCACAGCCUAUUACCACCCGGCGCCCCAACCUGGCCAGCAGAAGAAGUUAGCGGUAUACAGCAAGAUGCAGGACUCUCUGGAAGUCACCCUUCCCAGCAAACAAGAGGAGGAGGAGGAGGAGGAGGAGGAGGAGGAGGAGGAGGAGAAAGACCAGCCUGCCGAGAUGGAGUACCUUAACUCUCGCUGUGUCCUUUUCACUUAUUUCCAGGGAGACAUUGGGUCAGUAGUGGAUGAACACUUCUCAAGAGCUUUGGGCCAAGCCAGCACCCAUCAUCCAGAAUCUGCCAUUUCAAAAAGCAAGAUGGGGCUAACCCCCUUAUGGAGAGACAGCUCAGCUCUCUCAAGCCAGCGGAGUAGUUUCCCGACUUCCUUUUGGACCAGCUCUUACCAGCCCCCAUCUGCACCCUGUUUGGGGGGAGUUCAUCCUGACUUCCAGGUCACUGCACCCCCUGGCACCUUUACUGCCGCUGACCCCAGCCCCUGGUCAGGACAUGGGCUGCAUCAGACUGGCCCCGCCCCUCCCCCUCCCGUGUCCGAGUCCUGGCACUACCCUUUGGCAUCUCAGGUGAGCCCGUCCUACAGCCACAUGCAUGACAUGUACAUGCGGCAUCACCACCCCCACAUGCACCACCGCCACCACCACCACCACCACCACCAUCACCACCACCCUUCUGCUGGCUCUGCCCUGGAUCCAUCCUAUGGGCCCCUGCUGAUGCCGUCUGUGCGUGCGGCCAGGAUUCCCGCUCCCCCGUGUGACAUCACAAAAACAGAUCCGACUACAGUCACCACUGCUACCUCAGCGUGGGCCGGAGCCUUUCACGGAACCGUGGACUUAGUGCCAAGUGUGGGGUUUGAUACAGGUCUACAGCAUCAAGACAAGAGUAAGGACUCACCAUGGUACUGAAACACACAGUAUUAGCAAGUUAGAUUGAAGCGUGAAUCCAUGGGCCCACUGGGAAAAGAUGCUGCCAGGGUUUGUCAUUCUGCAGUGGGACACAGUAGACAUGGAAGGAAAAGAGGAAGUGUUAUCCAGCUGACUUUGGUUUGGAGCCUUUUCUUGAGAAAGCAGAGUGGGUCAUAGACAUUGAAGAAAAGCAUUUUUGUUUAUUUCUUCCCUCAUCUGAGCCUUUGCCAACUGUGCAAUUCUCUUUUAUUUUUUGUCUUGCUUUUAACAAUACAUGGUUUAAUUUUUGUUUCAGUUCGACACUUUUUUUGAGUUUUUUUUUUUUUUCUUUUUGAAGCAACCACCUUGUCAGGAAAAGAUGAACCACAAAGAAAAUGAUCAUUCUUUCAGGAAUACAAUUUUGUAGCUCCAUGUGCAUCUAUUUUUGUAAAAAUACAGAAAGUUUGAUUUAGCAUUGAUGGGCUAUUUUUGAGGGAUGUGGUUUUUUUUAAUAUUGUAACAAUUGUUAAGUUCUGUUUAAAGAACUUGCUCUCAGAGAAGCACUGGCAAAAAUGUUUAAAAUGCUUGGCUUUAAGAUGUCUGUGAUACGCUCUGUGCUUUCUAGCUUACCUCAAAUGUUUGAUAGUUUCUCCUUUUUACAAAAGUAGCACCAUAGCCAAGCCAAUAUGGUAUUGUUUUACAUUAAAUCUCAGUGAAGAUUUAAUUCCAUGCUAGCUCACUUAGCUCUGAGUUAUAUGUGAAGCUUGAAAAGGAAGUUUUUUAAUGAUCACACUAAAGAAAGGCUAUUUCAUUACUUUGAUUUCUCCCAAAGACUGCUUGGAGGUUGACUAAGAAGAAAGUUGGCAUAAACUUUCAAUCAGAUGGAGAGUUUGCCUAGAGUAUAUAAUUAUCUUUCUAGUCCAUCUGACUUUGAAAAAUGGAACCAGAAUUUAUAUCCAACUACUGGAAAAAAAAAACACAUUUAAUCAUGCUACCUUUGAGUGCCAGUGACUUAUUUUUCUUGUUUAUAAUUAUUCAUUCAUGGCAAGUUUUUGCCAUGUUUUAAGUGAAUUUUUUUUUUCCUGAAGAUAGUUUGAAGGGAUAAUAUUUGGGAAGGUACUAGACACAUCACAAAGCCUUUAAUUCAAUGGCUGUUUCUGAGAGUGUUACCCAUCAUUUUAAAUUGAAAAAUAAUGUACUGCAUAUGUAAUAUUUUAAAUCAGUUUUUGCAUCUUUUUUGUCUGUUUAACUCUGGUUUUAGUUGAUUUAGUUCUUUUUAAGAAAAAAAUGGGGGCAAGAUACAUUUAAAUUGGUAUUUAUACUACAAUUACUGAAAUUAGGUUAAUAAAUUGACAACUUAUUGUUUGAAAUUUAUUACUGAGGACUCAGUAUUCAACUUGACGUGGCCUUCAGGCUCUAAAUAAGAAAAAGUUGGGAUUAUCAUUAAAAUGCUAUUAGGAAAAGAUUAGGUUUAUAAAAGUAGCUGUUAUUUGUAUUUUAAGGACUUUCAAUGUAAAGUCCAUUCUUUCUUUCAUUUGCUUCCAGAGAUGGCUCAUAUUAAAAAGGUAGUAUUAUAUAGAAGUUUUAGUUUGUUAAAAAUGUUUCUCAAAUUUUUCCCAUCCCUGUCCUCACCCAUGUGAAAUUAAAUGUUUAGUGAAAUACAUUUUCCAUCUUAAAUAGUGUAUCUCAUAUGUGUGAACAUUUUAGAUAUAAGAACAACAGAGACUCUGCUUAGCUAGGCAGAGUUCUCACAGAUAAUUUUCAAAUAUUUCCCUUAACUCUAUUUUUAUGCCAUAGUCUUCUUUCCUGGUGCAUCUUAUGAGUUAUAAAUCUAUACACUCUCUUGUAUUUUCAUCACUAUAUUGCUUCUUAACCAGACUCCUCUUAACACAGUAUACACAUUUAACCUAAUGUGAGGUCCAAAUGUAAGGAAUCUUCCACUUACUAAUGAUAUGAACUUAGAUUUCUAGGGAGUGGCUUGGUUAAAUUAUCUACAUUUUGAUCUACAAUUUGAUUUGAUACACUUAUUUGUAAUUUACCUAAAUCUGUGUAGCACAAGGUUGAAUGAAUCUAUAAAAUUUGUUUUACUUUGUGUCCACCUGAAUUCUCAAAGACCAGUCUUCAGUAGCUCCCAUGGGAUGACUCACUGGGGAUAUUUAUUUUCCUCCUCUUCCCUUGGAACCUAUUAACUUCCUCUGCAGUUUCUCUUAGAACAGUGUUGUAAUCCAACUCAUUCAGAUCAUUCAAUUGGAUUUUCCCAAUUAUGAGAAGAAACGUAUUGACUUUCUGCCCGUUUCCUUACUCUCCACUGAAUUGAAUUGAAGGUGAGAGAGCUGACAAUUAGAUAGCUUCACCCUGAAUUUAGGGGGACACUCUGCCCUGUGUCACUCCUGGUAACUAUCUGAUAAAACAGUCCUUGGCUCUGAGGACCCAAGAAAUGUUGGGGAUCUGAAUUCUGCUGUACACAGGAGAGAUUUGUGAGUGAGAUACCCCAUUGAGAACAGGCCCAGGUGUUGCUGGCACAUCACAGAGACUGGAUCCUUGCAUAUACAAGGAGUGGAUCAAAAUGUGAG